GUCGGUGCCGGCCGCCGCCGAUAUGGCGCGCACGGCCCCUGUGGAGCCCCCGCUGCGGCCUCCUGCGCCCCCUUCGCCGGCCGCGGGCGAGCCCCGCACCUCUGUCGAGGCAGCGGUGGCCCCGCGGAGGGUGCUGUUCGCCGAUGAGGCCCUGGGGCUGCCGCUGGCGCAGCUGCGCCGCUACCGGCCGUGGGGCGGGCCCGGGGCGGGCAAGAUGGCGGCGGUGGCCGGGCAAGAUGGCGAUGGCGGCGGGGCUCACGAGGACGACGAUGGCGAGGAUGGGGAUGAAGGGGAGGAGGAAGAGGAGGCUUGCCCCGAGCCCGCACCGCUGUGCCCCGUCCCCACUGGCGGGGGUUUUUACUUGGUGCCCACAUUUUCGCUGCCGCCUGCACCGGGCCGUCUGGAGCGCUUGGGGCGCGUCAUGGUGGAGCUAGAGGCGUUGCUGCCGCCUCCCGGAGCGGUCCCCGGGGGUGCCGGGGUGUGGGUGCCGGGGGGGCGCCCACCUGUGCUGCGCGGGUUGGUGCGCGUGCUGAACCGCUCCUUUGAGAAGGCGGUGCACGUGCGGGCCUCACACGACGGCUGGGCUUCCUUCUGCGACCACCCAGCGCGCUACGUCCCGCGCAGCCCGCCGGGGGCAGGAGCGGGAGGACCAGGAACAGGAGAUCCCAUCCUGGAUCCGGGCCUUGGCCUGGUCUCCGGCCAGGCGUCCGCAUCCUCGCCCGACGACGGCGGCUGCACCGACCGCUUUGCCUUCCAGCUGCCCUUUGCUGAGGGGGCGGGCGAUGGGGCGCGCCUGGACUUCGUGGUGCGCUAUGAGACCCCCGAGGGCACUUUCUGGGCUAACAACCACGGCCGCAACUACACAGUCCUGCUCCGGAUCGCACCCGCCCCCACACCCACUGAUGCUGAAGGGCUGCCCCAGCAGCAGCAGCUGCCACAGCUGGAGCCACAGCCCGAGUCCCAGGGGCCCGUGGAGGCUGAGGCCAGGCAGCUGAAGAGCUGCAUGAAGCCAGUGAGGCGCAGGCCUAACGAGGAAGAGCUGAGGAUGAAGAACAUGGAUGAUAAUACCCCUGCUGUGGUAGAGAGUCCUGAUGUCCAGGAGUCAGUGGGUCCCCUGGUGGCCCCCACCCCUCUCCGUCCAUGGCCACAGAUGACACUUCAGGUUUCUGAAGUUACAGUGACUGGCAAAUCCCCAGAGGAAGGUGAAAUCCUCAGAAGCAGUCUGCCUGUGGCUUUCAGAGAGGUUCCCCAGCCACCUGCCAUCAGGAUUCCCCCCUCCUCCUUUCUCUGUGGCCUGGGUGGCUCCCCCAGGGACCAGGCCUCUGGGCCAGAUGCAAGUGAGGGGGCAGCUGGGCCUCUCCUGGAAUCUAGUCAACAACAGGUGGAGGCUGCGUGGGAAGUAUCGAGUGAGAAUGGAGGGGGCCGAAAGGACCCCAUGGUAGGGGCUAUUACGGACGAGCCCUCUGGGGGUUUGGAGGUCAUGAGUGGGUUGGAGGAGCUGCUUGGCGAGGACACCAUUGACCAGGAGCUGGAGCAGCUCUAUCUGUCCCACCUGAGCCGCCUGCGGGCUGCUGUGGCUGCAGGUGGGGCAGGAAGUAGUGGGGAGGGCUCCACAGAUGGAGGGUCCCCCAGCCAUCCCCUGGGCAUACUCACGGACCGCGACCUGAUCUUGAAGUGGCCUGGCCCUGAGCGGGCUCUGAACAGUGCCCUGGCAGAGGAGAUCACACUACACUACGCCCGCCUGGGGCGUGGUGUAGAGCUCAUCAAGGACACCGAGGACGCUGAUGAGGAGGGGGAGGGCGAAGAGGGGCUCUCCAUGAUACCCUCCAGUCCAGAAGGGGGCACCCCCAAGGACUCGCCUCCAGAAAUUCUCUCUGGGGCCCAUUCCGUGGUAGCCACUAUGGGAGAUGUGUGGCUCCCGUGGGCAGAGGGCUCCGGAUGUGACAACCCUGUGGUUCUAGGUACAGAGGGUCAGUUCACUGGGGCUCCAGAGGAGAGGAUGUGCAAGGACACUGACUCUUUGCACAUGAAUAGGGUGAUACCUGGGGUGACCAGGUUCCCGGGAGGGACAGAAGCCCCAAUGGAGUUCACCACUAAGAGGACAGACAGCUUGGUUCCUGUAUCUGGCAAUGAGCCAGCUGUUCCUGUCCUGCAGGGGCAAAAUCUCACUCUCCUUGGCACCUCCGAGGCUGAAUUCUGUCCUUCCAGCCUGGCUGGGCCCCAAGUAAACUCCCAGGAUAAAGAGGGUUCAGGCCCAAGGCUUGAGUCCCCAAAGAGGUCUCCCACCCUAACAGUCCCUGCAGAAUGUGUGUGUAUUUUGCCUCCCCAGCUCUGGGGGCCAUUGACCCAGACUCUGGGGGUCCUGGCUGGCCUGGUGGUGGUCCCUGUGGCUCUGAACAGUGGUAUGUCCCUCCUGGUGCUUGCGCUGUGCCUCUCUCUGGCCUGGUUUUCGUAGGACCUGCUUGUGGGACCAGUAAUAACAAGCGGCCCCCUCUCUGGGGUCUGGGGAGGGGUAGCUCCUGCACCACCCCCAGAGAGUUCAGAUGGGACGUGUGGCCUGUACAAUGAGGGUGUCCUUUGCUUCUGAGAAUGUUCAGUUGGAGAGAGGCCUCCUCACCCCUGAACCCUCCAGUCAGCACAGGGCUCCUGUGUGAUACAAAUGGAGUGGAACUGGGGACGGGUGGAUAGUGGGAAUGAAAACUUUCAGAAUGGAACUGGGCAUGUCCUCCCUUCUCCCUGCCCCCCCCAGCCUGUAUUUAUUUUUGUAUAAUUCUCUGGAUGAGGGAGAGUGGUCGUGAGCUGGUCUUGGGGCACAAUUACCCAGAGAUAUAUUUAUUAACAGCCAACCUGUGCAACCUGCUGGAGCUUUAUUUUUAAUUUAAUUUAUAUAGAGUACCUAUUAUUA